CAUGAACUGUGACUACCUUCAGCGGACUAUAAUUUGCCUCGCUGCACAAUGGACAUAGAUGCAUCUAUCCACCCAGACCCGGCACCUAACACUCAUCAUCGCAAAAUCGAACUCCAAUCCCCUGACGACUUCACCUACCUCCAACGCAACCUGAUCGCGUCCGCUCAACAGAAACUCGACCUCCACUUUCCUCCCUCGGCGUCGCAGAAGUAUGCCGAGUCACGCGGUCAGCCUGCUACAGUUAUUAGCCUCGAUGGUAUGAAACCUGCCGAACCUGCGCAAACCUCGAUCGGAAAGGAUGAAGAACAGGAAGACCCCCUCCGCGCCCGAGUCCGCCACCUCGUCGACGCGUUCAUGAGUAGGACAUGGGCCGGCGCAAGUCAGAACAUCGCAGUCAAUGGGAUGGAUGCGUCCACUCUUCCUAUCAUAGCCCGCGCGACGAACAAUGCGGUUGCGUCGGACGAAAUAAAACCGCAAGAGGAAAGAGAAGGUCUGGAUUUCGUCUACGAAAGCUAUGACACGAGGCUACAGGCCAAAGUCGCGGGACUGUAUGGUGAACUCGAAGCGCUCACAGCGCAGGUGAGCAAGUUGAGAAGGACUGCGCCGAAACAGGGUGCGGAGCAAUUUCGAGACGCGCUGAUGGCCGAGCUGGCGGGCGAUGAUGAACAGUAUGAGGUGGAGAUGGCUAAGCUACAAGAACGUGACAACGCCAAUGGCGGUGGCAGCUUGGACUUGAAACCGUUGAGAGAUGGCUGGCACGAGGACGUGCGGGCAAUGUAUGAACACGGGACUGGGGAGUUGGCUGUUCUCGCUGGCCUUCCUGCAAGCGAAAGUGUGGCGGGUAGUGGUGGCACAAGUCUGACCGAGACGGUGGGCAAGGUCCAGCGUGCAAGAACUGUUGCUAUGGAAUUCGAGUGAGGGACUCAAGGACCAACGACAAGGGAUGAAUACGGACAUGGUAGGACUGGACAUUCUGCCGUGCCAUAUGCUGUUACCCCACGGGGAAGAGGAACAUGCACUCAAUCUACGCCCGAAGGGGACUUGCCCAAUGCGUGUGCGUGUGGAUGAGGCAUACUAGCGUGGACAGUAGGGGCACACAUGCCCGGGCUGUUCUGCACAUUCGAAAAGAUACGGCAUGAAGGGGUCUAGCCGGGACAGCCACGGUGGGACGGCGAAAAACCGAGUGUCUGGCUAUUGCGCAUGCUGGCAGACAGCAGCUCGAAUGUCCGGCUGAAUCAUCUGGUAUCCUCGGGGAAUUCUUAUUUCUCGAUGAUAGCUAGACAUACCAGCGCCCUAUCGUGGACCAUGGUUGAUCCAAGAAGGCAGUAAGACAGAGUUUAGUAUAACUCGGUCGAGCGAGAUUGGCUGGCAGGAGUCAGCUAAAAAAAAAGGGACACGCCGAACGUGUGGAACGUGCAGAGUGAAUGUUGCGAAUGAGGGCACCAUGGGAAUACGAGAGAUAGGUACCUACCUUAUGGUGAAGCUAGAGAACUCUAUGAAAGUG